AUGGAGUAUCUUACUCGUCUUCUUAGUCUUGCUACUCAUAACAAGGAGUUCAGAUUGCAUCCCAUGUGUAAAAGUGUGCAUCUUGUCAAUCUUUGUUUUGCAGAUGACUUUAUCUUAUUUAGCAAGGGCAAUCUUCGAUCCAUCCAAAUCUUGUUUGAUGGUUUUGCCAAGUUUAGUCAGGAUUCUGGUCUAUCUGCCAACUUGACUAAAUCUAAAGUUUAUUUUGGUGGAAUUUCCGCUGAAGAUAAGAAAAUUAUUUUGAAUUAUGUCAAUAUAGAAGAGGGUUCUUUUCCCUUAAAAUACCUGGGUGUCACUCUUCGGCCUACUAAAUGGAAGGCAACUGAUUGUGGUGUGAUCAUUAAAAAAAUUCAGAAUCGUCUUCAUACUUGGUCAAGUCGUCAUCUGUCUUUUGCUGGGAGAACUCAACUGAUCCAUUCUAUUUUAUUAGGCAUUCGAAAGUAUUGGAUGAGUAUUUUUCUUCUUCCUCAAAGUGUCAUUCAUGAAAUUGAUCGGCUGUGUCGGAAUUUUUUAUGGGGAGCUAAGGGAAACCGCACCAGGAUUCACUGUUCUUCCUGGGAACAGGUUUGCUUACCUAAGAAUAUGGGUGGUAUUGGAUUUAAGGAAGGCUAA